GUAGCCUGGCCUCGGGUCUCGUUCUCUCUUCCUUGCUUCUGCUACUCCGUACUACUAAUGUAGAUUCUCCAUACUCGAGGGUAUAUACUGCACUUUGCUUCUUCCUCUGCUUCUUGCGACUCUUCUCCCUGCUAGAUCCCUGCCAGCCAAGACGGCGUACACUAAAGCAACUAAUUCCGGUCCUUAUCCACACCCCCAUGAUGACUGCCGCCACUACUCUGGCUCGGUCGUUCUCGUCCGACAGCCAGGACGUCGCCAUCCUGGUCCCCAAGACUCCCGCCCCCCUGUCGAUUUCCUACUCCCAGCUGCAUGCCCAUGUCGCCAAUUUCCAGGCCAAGCUGGCUAGCCUGGGGGUUACCCACGGCGGCGCCGUGUCACUGGCUCUCGUCAACUCCUACGAGUUCAUCGUCGCCUUCCUAGCGGCGUCCUGGCAGCGCGCCAUCGCCGCUCCGCUCAACCCCGCCUACAAGCAGGAGGAGUUCGAGUUCUACAUCGACGAUCUGAGCUCGACCCUGGUCCUGAUUCCCCAGGGAUCGUUUGUGCAGAACGGGCCCGCCGUCCGGGCGGCCAGGAAAUACAAUGCGGCCAUCGCCGAGUGCUACUGGAAUGGCACCGAUCUCGUGUUGGACGUCAUGGAGUCGGGGAAGCUGGCCGGCAAUGGAGGAGCCGGAAUCCAAGAGGCACAGCCCGAUGACGUUGCUCUUGUGCUGCAUACGAGUGGAACGACGGGCAGGCCCAAAGCCGUUCCGCUCACCCAUAAAAACCUCACCACCACGAUGAAAAACAUUCGAGAUACGUACCAACUGACUCCGCAAGACCGCACGUACUUGGUGAUGCCGCUGUUCCACGUGCACGGUCUCUUGGCGGCGUUCCUGGCGCCGCUGUACGCCGGAGGAUCAGUCGUUGUGCCGGCGAAGUUCUCCGCCUCGCAAUUCUGGUCGGACUUCGUCACCUACAAGGCAAACUGGUACUCGGCCGUACCCACCAUCCACCAAGUUCUACUCAAGACCCCCCUGCCCAACCCCAUCCCCCCGAUCCGCUUCAUCCGCUCCUGCUCCUCUCCACUAUCCCCGAAAACGUUCCAGGACCUGGAGAAGGCGUUGAACGCCCCGGUCCUGGAGGCGUACGCCAUGACCGAAGCCGCGCAUCAAAUGACCAGCAACCCUCUUCCCCCGGGCAAGCGGCAGCCCGGCAGCGUCGGGAUCGGGCAGGGCGUGGAGGUCAAGAUUCUGGACCAGGCCGGCAAGGAGGUGCCGCAGGGCUCGGAAGCCGAGAUCUGCGUGCGCGGCGAAAACGUGACGAACGGAUACUUGAACAACCCGGCGGCCAACAAGUCGUCGUUCACCCAGGACGGGUUCUUCCGCACCGGAGACCAGGGCAAGAAGGACGCGGACGGCUACGUAAUCAUCACGGGGCGCAUCAAGGAGCUCAUCAACAAGGGCGGGGAGAAGAUCAGUCCCAUCGAGCUGGACAACACACUGCUGCAUCAUGCCCAGGUCGCAGAAGCAGUUUGUUUCGCCAUUCCAGACGAGGGGCACUAUGGCGAAGAGAUCGGGGCGGCGGUUGUGCUGAAGAGCCGGGACGCUGCGACCGAGGAUGAGCUGAAGGCCUGGGUGGGCAGCAAACUGGCCAAAUUCAAGACCCCAAAGAAGGUCUGGAUCGUGGCACAGAUUCCCAAAACCGCGACGGGCAAGAUCCAGCGACGCAAAGUAGCAGAGACGAUGUUGACGCCAAAGGCAAAACUAUAGAAACGGGGCGAAGUGGCAUUGCAU